AUGGAGGGUGGUUUUUCUGAAGAGUUGCUCAAGAUAUACUACAGAAGACUUUUCCCAUGUGAUUUAUUUGCUCAGUGGCUAACAUAUGGAUCUCGAAGCAAUCUACUUUCUAGAAGAGAAUUCAGCUUCACUUUAAAUGGUGACAUCUAUCUUCGGUAUCAAAGUUUUGACUCCUCAUCAGAUCUUAGAAAGGAGCUUGUUAAGUUGUGCCCGAUAAAAAUUGAUAUAGGUGCAGUGUAUUCAAACACUCCUAAACUUCACCGUUCGAUUUUAUCGUCUUCCUUCAAGCCUGAAUGGAAAGAAUUGGUUUUCGACAUUGAUUUGACUGACUACGAUGAAGUUCGUUAUUGUUGUGGCGAACAAAGUUCAUCUGGAUCUUCCAUAUGCUCUCGAUGUUGGCCGCUUGCGCGCUCCGCAGUUCUUUGUAUCGAUCGUGCUUUAAGAGAAGAUUUUGGUUUCCAGCACUUGCUGUGGGUUUACUCAGGUCGUCGUGGAGUACAUUGCUGGGUGUGUGAUCAUUCUGCUCGACACAUGGAUCCAACUUCACGCACAGCAAUUGUAGAGUACUUAACUUUGGUUCGAGGUGGCAAUGCUAAAAAACCUACGCUGACAGCUGGUAACUAUUCAAAAUCCUAUGAUUCACAAUCAUCUGGGAAUAUUGAACCACUAUUCCAUCCUUGUGUAGACGCAGCUUGUAACAUCUUAAUGCCUCGAUUUACAUCCUACUGUAGCACAGUAAAUGGUCAAAAUCUUUUCGGCAAUCAAAAGCGAUUGGACAAGUUGUUGUCCUUUUUGCCUGCUGAAUUGAAGGACCUUCGUGAACGACUUUCGAGUGAGUGGUCGAGUGAUACUCUAGACAAUAAAGAAGAAGUUUCUUCAAAAAGGUGGAACACACUGAGAAAGUUUUUGAAAGAAAAUGGUCGCACAAAUAUUUCAAAGGAGUUAGUACUGAAUUAUACAUACCCAAGACUAGAUGCAAAUGUGUCAACAGGUGUCAACCAUUUACUGAAAAGUCCAUUUUGUGUACAUCCCAAAACUGGUCAUGUUUGUAUUCCAUUUGAUCCUCGUGAAGUUGAAAAAUUGGAUCCACUCAGUGUACCAACAUUAAAUGAACUUGUAGAACAGUUAUCAUCAAAUCCAGUGACUGACAAUAAUACUAGUACUUUCAAUAAUAACGAUGAAAAUGUUGCAUCCAGUGAUAAAUAUUUGUUAGCAUUCAAAAAUACUUCUUUGAGAUCUGCGAUUGAAUAUUUUGAAGCAUUUGUAAAUCGUCUUACUCAAGCAGAACGUUUGAGUUCAAAUACUAGUCAGGUUGA